ACCAACGACAUUGUUAAAGCUUUUGUCUUUCACUCUUCUCUCAUUUCUUCUCUCCACUUUUCAGUCUUUAAUGGCUGCCUGUAUGUUUGAGACUUCUACUUAACCAAAAUUAGUGGGUCGGUGCUGGCUUUUCUUUUUAGCUGUCAAAAAUAGAUACCCACUACUAAAAAGUCUCUCUUCCUCACACUGGUGUUGGGUGAAAUUCUCCGGAGAAAAAGAGUUGGUUUUUGCAAGAAAAAUAAAAUCUUUUGCUUUUUUUUUUUUCUGGGUUUGAACUUUGAACUUUGAACUCCGCAGAGUUUAUUUGUUGGUUUUUGGGUGUUUCAAUUGGAUUGGUUUUGAGGGUCUUUGGUUGCUGCAUUGUGCUCUGUUGAAUAGUUCUCAAUGGGAGCAGCAUUGACCUUGUAAGAGAAAUUUUUGAAUUAAAAAAAAGCGGAGGUCCAAAAGCGCAUGCUUCUUUAGUUGAGUUGUCUGAAUUAUCUAGGAUCAAUUAUCUAUUCCAUCGUGCAGAACUUCAAGAUUUUGUGGAUCGAAGAGAUUUGGGUUUCUGUGUUUCUCAAGCUGAUGAUCAAAUCCCAACAUCAUUGCUUAGUUUUGUUCGAUGAAGUUUUGACUCUUUUGUGAUCAUCCUAGUAGGUGAGGAAGACCAAAUUGCAAGAAUUGUUUGAGCUUUUUGUGGAGAAUGUUGAGUUGCCGUUUAAGGCUUUUUGAGUGGAAAAGGGAAGCGUUUGAUUCCUUGCCAUCCAAAUAAAGUUUUGGUUCCUUGAGCUCCACUCUGUUAUAAGACUUGAGGAGUUGGAACUGGAAUCUACUGGUUUCUGCAACUGAGUUUUCCAGCUGCUUUUGUUCUGUUCUCUGCUGUAGUGAAUUCAAGGGGCUCUGAAAGUUUGAGAGCCAGUUAUUGACAGAUUUUGGAUGAAAAAGACCAUAUAAAAAUUAUUCAUGAUGGCAAAGAAGUCCCAGAGACGCACUAUUCGGUAUGAGAAAGAUCAGUUAGGCUGUAUGUGGGGCUUGAUCAACAUCUUUGAUUUUCGACACGGCCGCCCCACCUGGAAGUUGAUCUCUGAUAAGAGGCAUGGAAGCAAGCAAGCUAUUGGUACUGGGUCUCCAAGGAACAAGUUUGAGGUGUUGAGUGGUUUGGAUGAGAACCUUCAAGGCGCCCUUGAAAGCAAUGUGGACCCAACAGCAACAGUGGUUGGCGAUGCUUGUAAGCCUAGUGUGAAGAAACUUAUGGAAGAAGAAAUGUUCAGUGAGCAGGACAUGAAGAAAGAGAUCAACUCUGAUGAAGUAGCAAGUAACCAAACCAAUGCAAGCCGGACAAGAAUGGACCAUAAAAAGACAAAGAAGACUCGUAGGAAAAGCCAGGAUAUGGACACCUAUACUUUGAAUGGUUCUGAGACUUCGGAACCUGGAUGCUCUUGCAAUCAGAAACAAGAGCAUAAAUCUAGAAGUAACUGUGGUGUAGAAGAGAUAAUGGAAGAGGUAGGCUGCCAGAUCCAUCAAAAGUAUCAUGAUCCAAAUGGAGAGACUCCUGUCAAGUCAAACUACAAGCAUUCUGAUUUUGAAGAGAAAUUAUGUGUGACAAUCAAGGAGUUCAUGAAUCAGAAGUUAACUGAUGGGAAGCAUCUCACAGAAGAUCAGAAAAUCCAGCACUUCAGAGAACUAAUGGAUGCACUUGAGACCUUAAGUUCGGAUGAGGAAUUGUUUCUGAAACUCUUACAAGAUCCAAACUCACUUCUAGCAAAGUAUGUCCUGAACUUGCAGGAUUCUCAAAGAGAGAAAGAUAAAGAAUCCAAGGCUGUUACAGAGUCAAACUCCACAGAGAAACUUGAGUAUCCAAAACAACCUGAGGAGCUUGUCAUUCGUAAACAGCGAUAUUUUUUCAGGAGAAAGAGCAAGCCUCAAGAAAGGGAACCAGCAGAGGCCAAUGAGAACUUUGAUGCUUCUAAGAGAAUUGUCAUUCUGAAGCCUGGGCCUACAAUUUCACAGGAUUCUGAAACCGAAAGUAAAAAGAUCCCAGAGUCCCAUUAUUUGGUAAGAAGUAGAGGGCCAAAUGAAAAGGUUGGCUCUCACUUUUUUCUUUCUGAAAUAAAAAGGAAACUAAAGAAUGCUAUGGGAAAGCAACAGCAUGGGGUAUCUGCCAUUGGAAAUUCUAACAGAUUGCCCUAUGAGCAUCCAAGUUUGGGACAGGGUGACAAAGCAAGUGUGAAGGAAAAGUUUGGAAGUUCUCCUAGUAAAGAUCACUUCUACAUGGAAAGAAUUGCUAGACCUUCUGGUGGUAUCAAGAGAGCAGACAAGAGCGGCAAAAUGAAAGAAUCUGAAAUGAAUUUGAACCAUGAAGAACCAGGAAUUCCUAAUCAAAGAGUAUCUAACAUCUAUAUUGAGGCAAAGAAGCAUCUCUCCGAGAUGCUGAGCAAUGGAGAUGCAGGUGUAGAUUUCUCAGGACAACACUUCACCAAGACCUUGGGAAGGAUUCUCUCUCUCCCUGAGUACAAUGUGUCUCCUAGGGGAAGUCCCGGAAGGGACUCGGAGCUUGGGUUUGUUACUGCACAAAUGAGAUUAUCUCCUCGCGAUCGAGUUUGCAAGGCCAAUGAGAAUGCAUGCUCUCCUAAAAAAGAGAAAAAUGUCAGUCCUCUAGGUCAAGUAGCACAAAACUUAGAGGAUAGGUUAUCUAUUUCUGACAACAACCCUGGCUGUGAAGUACAGCCUCCUAAUUCCUUACCGAGAACCUCAGUUGAUUUGAUUAAUGACAGUGAAGCAGAAGAAAGCCAUGUUUCCAUUGAAGAUGAGAUGAAUCCUGAAGGUGAUAUAGAUAUUGCAAAAGAUAUUACAAUUGUAGAUUGGGAAGAAAAAAGUAUACUGGAUGCUCCUUCAGAACCAAGUGACUCUUCCAUUGCCAGGGAUGACCGAAGUGGCAACAUGACUGAAAUUGUGGAUGAUGAAAAGUGUUCCAAAUGGUUAAAUCAGGAUUUCUAUGAAGAGAGUCCAGGGCCAUCUUCUGCAUUUGCAUCCCCAUCCAGCUCUCCAACAACCAAACAUGUUGAAGAGUUAGACAUUGCCAUCGGCAUACCAGAGCGGCCAAGUCCUGUUUCAGUUCUUGAUCCACUAUUCUCAGAGGAUGAGAUUAGCCCUUCAAAAACCAUUUCUCAACCUGUAGAACUACGAAUACAACCCCUGCAGAUCCGAUUUGAAGAUCACGAAUCUUCAGCCAUAGAUGAAGCUAACACUGCAAAAACUUGUACAGAAGAGAAGGAACUAAUAUAUGAUUUUGUAAAAGAAGUUAUGCAAGCCUCUGGCUUCAACUGGGAUGACUUCUGCAUGAAGUGGCUUUAUUCAGACCAACCUAUUGAGCCUUCAUUGUGUGAUGAUAUAGAAGUUUGUCCUAACUCGCUCUGCUCUGACCAGAAGCUCCUUGUCAACUGUAUCAAUGAAGUUCUAGUGGAGGUGUGUGGGCGUUACUAUGGUUGCUUCCCUUGGGUAUCAUCGGUGAAACCUAUAAGGCCAGUGCCGGAUAUGAAGACUGCUAUACACGAGGUUUGGGUAGAAGUUUACUGGCAUCUCCUUCCACUUCCAUUGCCUCAUAGCUUGGACCAGAUAGUGGCAAAAGACUUGUCAAGAACCGGAGCAUGGAUGGACCUUCGCUUUGAUACUGAAACUGUUGGUGUUGACAUGGGUGAAGUCAUUCUCCAAGACUUGAUCGAAGACAUCAUAUUAAGCUAUGUAGAUGGAAGUCCCAAGAGUGAAGCUGCUUUAGUCUCUGAUGAACUAAAUGAUACAGAGAGCAUUCUCAACCUGUAAAUUAGAAUACAGUUCUUCAUGUUCAUACUGGACACCAACUCAAACCAGCAUGCUGAGCCAGUUGAAGGCAAAGCCAUUCUUUGUUCUUCAAGGGGAUAAGCACCAGCAUGUUAACUUCUAAGACAUGGCUUUCCUGGAGUAUCCUGGAUUCAAUAUGACAUGGCUUUGUAACUCUGCAACUGAAAUCAUGUAGAUAGUAUAGAAUAUGCCCCAUUGCUAAGGAGCGUUGCGGGCAGCAGGCAUCAGAUGAAACAUCCCUGGUGGAUGAGGAUCAGAGAUAUCAAGUUUGCAAAGUCUCCUUGCAAGAACUCAUCAGAUGCUUCAACGUUGAGGCGGUAGAAUGUAGUGUUGUGCUUCUAAAUGUAGAUUCCUAAUUCCUGUAUAGGUUGGAGUGUUGUUUUAGUUUGAGAGUGUGUUCUACGUUCGGCUUGAUUACAGUCAUUCCUAACUAGUGUUUUCUUGUGCCUUUUUGUAUUCCCUUUGUUUUGCUGUUGUACUUGCAAAGGUUGCGAGCAUAACAAGUUGUGAGUUGCAAGUCCUGUGACUGACUGGUUGUAAGGUUGUAAUUACAAAAGAAAAAUAAUGAGAGUUCACUAUGUUUGUUAUAUGCAAUGAACAAGCUGUGACUUUGGAAUAGUGAAAUCCAUUUUAUACUACAUAUACUGUUC